GAAGCUUAUUUUGUAUGGUAUCAUGCAGCUGUACACCAUGACCGAACAGGCGAUUAAAGCCAACAAUGUGCCUGGCAUCACUGCCCCCAGUAAUGUCCAUGUCAUCCAGUCCAAGGACCCUGUGGACUCUGAAAGCCACAAGCAGCCUUUGGGGGUGACCACUCACCCAGCCUCAUCACCGGUGCCCCAGCGUGACACAGGAAGAGCAAACCUACAGAGCCCACUCGUGGUGAACCAGAAGCCAGUGGGAAUGGCCGGUCUGCAGCCUCCACCCGGAGGGAUGCAAUACACACAGGGCACAGCGAACCUCCAGGCCCUUCCUGGAGGUCCUCAGAAUCCUCCGGACGUCUUCCCUGGGCCGACACACACCUCAAACCCAUUCCAAUGGAACAUGUCAUUUGGAUCAUUUCCUAUAUUCGAUCCCAAGAAAUUCAUAAAUGAGGAGGUCAAAACAUUGGGGUUUAUUAUAUCUGGAUCCCUCUCCAUAUGGGCUGAAAAGGACAAGAGCACUUGCAUGGUGAACGGCAGCAUCGCCACGAACAUCAUCAGCGCGCUCACGUCCCUGGCCGGGAUCCUCCUUACCAUUGCGGAUCUGGCUAUCCACCUGGAGAUGGUGCAUGUAAAGGCAAUUCCUGGUGGUCUCCUCCCCUUCGCCCUCCUGGAGUUCAUCCUCACAUGUGUGGUCUCACAUUUUGGGUGCCAGGCUGUCUGCUGCAAGAAAUUUGGGAACACAACGGCGUUUUCAAAUGUGUUCGGUGUCAACCCAGCCAAUGCUACCACGGGCCCCUUCAACCCUUCCGCCAGCCCUGUCAACGCUACUGCCGGCCCUGUCAACCCUACCACUGGCCCCGUCUACAGCACCACUGGCCCUGUCUACACUACCACUGGCCCUGUCUAUGUUACCAGCAGCCCUGUCUACACUACCACUGGCCCUGUUGAUGCUACCACCAGCCCUGCCAACCCAAUCUACACCAACAAUGUACUCCCUCAACCCAUAUACCAACAUAGAGCUAAUUUUGCCCAGAGAUAG